ACUGUGGACUUGUUUGAGAUGAUUGAAAAAAUGCAGGGCAGUCGUCUGGAUGAACAAAGAUGUUCUCUUCCAGCUCCUUUGAAGACAGAAGAGGAGUAUAUACCUUACCCCAGCAUCCACGAAGUAUUACAGAAAGGAUGGCCAUAUCCUCUCAUUAUCUUACCCCAGUUUGGGGGCUACUGGAUUGAAGGGACCAGCCACAACCUCUCCAGCUUGAGUCCAACUCUGUCAGAUGUACCCUUUCCCUGGAGUGGUAAAGUGAAACUGGAGAGUGACCCUACAGCCAACCUGUACCGCAGACAUUUCCUGGGGAAGGAGCACCAGAACUUUUACUCCAGUGACAUGUCCUUGGGCUACCUGAUACUUUCUGUGAAGUAUGAACUGAUUGAGAAACAGGAAAAUCUACGCCUGUUGCUGAGGACUCGGACUGGUACCAAACAUGACCUGAUCCCCAUUUCCUGUCUGAAUGAGUUUCCCAAUGCUGUCCAGAUGGCAAAGCUACUGUGUGAGGAUGUGAAUGUUGAACGCUUCUUUCCUGUCCUCUACCCCAAGGCUUCACAGCUUAUUGUUGCAUUUGAUGAACACGUCAUAAGCAAUAACUUCAAAUUCGGGGUCAUCUACCAGAAACCUGGACAGACAACUGAAGAAGAAGUCUUCAGUAACGUAGAAGAAAGUCUGGGUUUCCUGGAGUUUCUGGAUUUCCUUGGUGACAAGAUUCAGCUGCAAGAUUUCCGUGGGUUCCGGGGAGGCUUGGAUGUCACUAGAGGUCAAACGGGCACUGAGUCGGUCUAUACAAAUUUCCGGGGCAAGGAGAUCAUGUUUCAUGUGUCUACAAAGCUGCCCUUCACAGAGGGAGAUUCCCAACAGCUUCAGCGGAAACGUCACAUUGGGAAUGACAUAGUAGCCAUCAUCUUCCAGGAUGAAAGCACACCUUUUGUCCCUGAUAUGAUUGCUUCUAAUUUCCUACAUGCUUAUGUUGUAGUUCAACUCACUCAUGGCACCACAGGAGACACUUUCUACAAGGUUUCAGUCACAGCCAGAGAUGAUGUCCCCUUUUUUGGACCCCCUCUGCCAAAUCCAGCCAUAUUUAGAAAGAGUGCAGAGUUCCGUGAAUUCCUCCUGGUCAAGCUCAUCAAUGCUGAGUACAGCUGCUAUCGAGCUGAGAAAUUUGCUAAAUUAGAGGAAAGAACCCGGAGUGCCCUUUUGGAGAGCCUUUUUGAGGAGCUGCAGCUUCGCAGCCGCAGUAUGAUGGGAUUGCCUGUAGGGGAGGAUGACAAGAUGGAGAACGGCAGCGGAGGCUUCCUUGAGAAUUUCAAGCGGGUGAUCAGAGGCCGCAGCCAGAGCCUGGAUACCAUGGGGAUAUCCAUGAGAAAGCAGCAGCCGCCCGCCUUGCCCAGCCGCCUGGCUGCAGCCAGCCUUGCCCUCAGCCAGAGCGUCGCCGAGGGCCCCAAGGCCAUCGCUGCGUCUUUUGCCUUGCCUGGCAGGAGCCCAUCACGUACUCGAGGCAGCCGCUUCCAUGGGCGACGGAGCAGUGCCAUUGGCAUUGAGAACAUACAGGAGGAGAAAAGAGACACUGCAGAGAGGAUACAGAGGGUGCUGGACAGUCCAGGAACUUUGUUUGACCUGAAGUCUGAUGGAUCAUCUAGUCCUAGCUCCCCAGAGUUUCCCAGCAGGAAGAGCAAAAUUAUCAGGAGUCAGACCUCAGGUUAAUGUGUGAUGCAGCCAUUCUCAUAUUCUUCAUCCAGUGUAAGCAGUUGUUGUAGUGGUUUGAGGGAAAAUGAAACAUCUGAGGAAGAGGAGAAUGACAGGGAGCUGAUGUGCUCUCUCAAGGGCCUUCCAAAACAGGAUUCAGUGGUUCAGAGUAUGUGGCUGGAUGACAGUGACUGCACACUCAGUACUUCCAGCUUGCCAGGAAGCAGGUUGCUUCCUUUCAGCAGUGUAGCUGGCUCCACUGGAAAAGGAAAAGGCAGCAAAGCAGAUGCUCAGCACCAUAAUCCAGCCUCUGUUUUGUGCUGUGUGCAAGGUCACUGA